GGACAAAGAUGCAAAUUUGUUUGCAAAUAUAUAGAAGCUCAAGCACAUACGGCUAUCAAGAAGCUCAAACACUUGCGUAGGAAAGGAGAAGAAAUGGAAUGGAGCUCUAGCAGUUUGCUUGCUUGGUUUACUCUUCUCUUCAUUUUAACCCUGGUUCUGCUGUUGAAACAGAGACGAUCAAGAUCACUUGGUGCCAAGAAACGACCACCAGGGCCUCCUGCUUGGCCAGUCUUUGGUAACAUCUUCGAUCUUGGAACCAUUCCUCACCGGAAUUUAUACAAGCUUAGAUUCAAGUACGGGCCUGUAAUUUGGUUAAGACUCGGAUGCACUAACGCUCUGGUGAUACAAUCUGCCAAGGCUGCUGAAGAGCUGUUCAAGAAUCAUGACGUUACGUUCAGUGAUCGGAAAGUUCCUGAAUCUUUGACAGCUCAUAACUUUAACGAGGGAUCGCUUUCUCUAGGAAGGUAUGGCUCCAACUGGCGACUUCUUCGCCGCGUAGUAACAGUGGAGCUCAUGACCAACAAGCGAAUCAACGACACUGCUUUCAUUCGGCGAAAGUGCAUCGACGAUAUGAUAAAAUAUAUUGAGGAGGAUGUAGAAGCGGCGCUUGCACGAGGAGAAACAGGGGAGUUGGUGGUAUCUCACUAUGUCUUUGUCAUGGCAUUUAACCUGAUAGGCAACCUCGUUAUUUCGCAGGAUCUUUUGAAUUCUCAUUCGAAAGAGGGGCCUGAGUUCUUUGAAGCCAUGGACAAGGUCAUGGAGUGGAGUGGGAAGCCAAACUUAGCUGACUUCUUGCCAUUUUUGAAGGGGUUGGAUCCCCAGAGGAUCAAGAAGAACAUGGAGCGAGACCUGGGACGAACCAUGAAAGUAUUGGAGGGUUUCGUCCGGCAGAGGAUUGAAGAGAGGAAAUUAAUGAAAAAAAGGGAGGGAAGGGACUUCUUGGAUGCAUUAUUGGAGUACGAAGGUGAUGGGAAAGGUGGACCUGAUGAGAUCUCAGCCCACAGAAGACUCAUCAUCAUAGUGGAAAUUUUUUUUGCUGGGACAGAAACUACAAGCCGCACUAUUGAAUGGGUUAUGGUUGAACUAUUUCGCCACCCAGAAUCAAUGAGAAGAGUUAAAGAAGAACUUAAUCGAAUAGUCGGACCAAAAAGGAAGGUUGGGGAGAGUGACAUAGAUGAAUUGCCAUACUUACAGGCAGUAAUCAAAGAAUCAAUGAGAUUACAUACUAUCCUCCCAUUUCUGGUCCCAAGAAAUACCUUACAAGACACAAACUUCAUGGGAUUUGAUAUACCUAAAGAUACGCAAGUUUUCAUCAACGCUUGGGCUAUAGGAAGAGACCCAGAUACUUGGGAGGACCCCUUGUCUUUCAAGCCUGAGAGAUUUCUAGGCUCAGAUGUUGACUAUAGAGGGCAAAACUUCGAGUUGCUACCGUUUGGAUCUGGAAGACGAAUUUGUGUGGGCCUCCCUUUGGCUCACCGCAUGCUUCACCUUACUUUAGCCUCUUUGCUUCACAGUUUUGACUGGGAGCUUGGCAGCAAUUCUGCUGCAGAGACCAUUGACAUGAAAGAGAGGAUGGGAUUUACAGUUAGAAAGCUUAUACCCUUGAAAGCAAUACCAAAGAAGGUCAUAGCAGAAUGAUCAUUCCUGUGUUGGAAAGUACAAUAAUUCGUAUUUGUGUGUAUAUAUAUAUAUAUAUAUAUAUAUAUAUAUAUGAAUGGUGAAGUAUAAAACAUACAAGUGAGUGUAGAUAAGUUUGUGAUGUUUAGAUAAGUUUGUGGUGCUUACUUAGAAGUAUGUUUAGGGCAUUUAAGUAAGAGUGUUGAUAUAUGUAUGGUCAGUAUAUUUAAGAUAUUGUGCUAUGUAGAAUGGAGUUAUCUAAUAUUGUUGUGUUGAGUA